CUGAAAUGUCAGAUGAAAACGAGGUUAUAUCGGCGUAGACCGAAAUGUAUUCAGCUUGUAUUUCGCGAUGAUUUAAAAAGUGACACGUUCUCCCGUGUCGUAGAAAAGCUUAACGUAAUUCCUAAAUAAUAUAAUGUACACCACGAAAACGCCGACACUUCGUAUCGGAGAGGCCGAUCUCAAAUGUAAGAAUGGUUGCGGAUUUUAUGGAAACGCCGAGUGGCAAGGAUAUUGCAGUAAAUGUCACCGAGAACAUCUUCAGAAGCAACGAGCGCAACAGGAAGGUGCCACUGGGGCUCAGAGCCAUGAUAGUGAGGGUGCAGGCCGUACAGCUGUAUCAGGAUUUUACAAGUUUGAAGAGAAAAGACGUCAACAAGAUAAGAAAAAAAAGUUAUUGUCAGUCUUCAGAAAACCUACGAUGAAAGCUCAGGGUUAUGAGGAGCUUCUGCAGGAAUUAACGAAAGACAACCCAGACUUGGAUAAGGUUAAGGCUGAGAAUAAAGAUCUGAUAGCACUUAUUGCAGAAACUCCAGCAGAGAAGGAUGUACGCAAGUGCAUCCUGUCCUUUGUCAAAAGUAUUCUUCAGAGUAAAGAUGUUAAGAAAAUCGAUGAAUUAUCUGAAAUCACUCAAACAUUUUAUCAGAAAUUUGCUAAACGCAUGGAAAAUAGUCCCAACUACACAGAUGUUGCUCUUGAAAUCCGGGAAAGGCUCCUAGACUACGUAGAGAGGUCUGCUAUGACCCUUCUGUACAGGAUCCUCUUCUGUCCACCAUCCACUACCGAUGAGGAGAAGGAUCUUGCCAUUCAGAAUAGAAUACGUCAACUGAACUGGGUCAGUGGAAAAAAUUUAGAGUGUCGAAUACAUGAAACCAGUUCAGAGGUUCGUGAGCUGGUCUACACAUCUAUCACAGACCUACUAAACAUGGACUCAGUAAAAGCUCCACAGGAGAAACUCGCCUGCGUCGUUCACUGCUGCAGAAAUAUUUUUCUGCUUCUACAGCAGUCCGUAGGUGGUCCAGCAUCAGCUGAUGAGUUCCUACCAGCCUUGAUAUUCAUUGUCCUCAAGGCAAAUCCAGCCAGACUCAAGAGUAACAUAAAUUUCAUAACAAGAUUCUGCAACGCCAGCCGUCUAAUGUCUGGCGAGGGUGGUUAUUACUUCACAAAUCUCUGCUGCGCCGUAUCCUUCAUCGAGAACCUCACUGCAGAAUCCCUGAACAUGACUGAGAAGGAUUUCGAUGCCUAUAUGUCAGGUGAACGAGUUCCAGCCAAUACCUGGGACUCUGCCCUCACCAUAUGUGAGAAUAUACACCUAAUGUGUGAGCACAUUACGCUGCUGGACGAGCUCAAGACGAAGAACAACGAGAUUGUUCGAGAAGCCGAAUUGCUAAAGAACGAGAUGAUCCAAUUCCACGAGGAUGUCGAAAUUAAGGUGAAUGAAACUAUACAGAAGACACCCUUGCUGAUAACACGAUGUCAGAGAGUACCGACUAAUUUGGAUAGCGAAGACGUAGAGUCUUACCAGUUGCCUCCGCCGAUAAUUCCUCAGGUAUACUCGGAUUGUUUACUGACACAACCUGGAGAUUCGAAGUCCUUGAUGGAAGACUGCGUCACCCCGUCACCGACCUUUGACUUUGCUCCAUUCGACGGGGAUGGCAAAGCAGAGGAUGAUACGAGUCUCAUCAGUCUGGAUACCCAGUGCGAUCUAACUACCCAUGAUAAUCACCCUUUCGACAAAGAUACUCCUGACAGUCUCCUUGACGAUUCUCAUAGCUCCGACGCCAAUCUACCCUCGCCCUUAGAACCACUCGCCUCUGGCCAGGAAGAUUAUCACGGAUUUACUCUCCAGGGUUCGACCAUACCAACUAUUCCCUGUAACACGGGCGAUCUCUCAUCGGACACCGCAGAACACGAAACGGACAGCUACGUUGGAUAUUUUCAUAAUAUUUAAGGGUAAUUAUGUAAACAAUCUUCCCUCUUAAAUAUCUCUUAGAACUAGUUACCAAUCCCCAUGAGUCCCUUCUAUUCGGUGCAUUUUUAAUUCUCUUAUUGCCCAGAUCGUAUUUGUAUUAUAAAACAUAGAAACAAAUUAUUAAAGAAAUAUAAUGAAUGUACUAGCAUAGUAUGGACGGUGGAUAUAAGUGUCUGUAUAGGUGCGCUAAUUAAUUUGUACAAAAAGAAAAGACAAGCAUUAAUCGACUCCAUGAAAUUUCAAAAUCCUCUGUCCACAUUCUAUUAUCCGUCCCUUGACUAAUUAUUGCCUAUAACAUAGUGGAUAUCAUGGUAAAUAAUAAUAGCAUAGUGUAUAAUAAA